AUGCCGUCCGCCAAGAUUGGCAUGCUGGUGCGCCACUUUAGUGCUACUAGCGGCCCUAUCCUGGACAAAGCCGGCGCUUGCCCCUACAUGAGCCAAGCAAUCGCCAAGUCCGAGUCUUCUGAAGCGAGCGACGUCGACCUGACUUUCGGCGGUGCGUCUGGAAGCAGCAUGAGCGCGCCGCAUCCUAUCAGUGCAUCGUGGCUCAAACGCCACGGCAACCGCGUGUGUCCUGUCGGUGGCCACACGCUUGCGUCUGCCGAGCAAAAGCGCGGCUUUGCGUCGCAGACCAACGGCGCUAGUGCCUUGCUUGCGAUGUGCGGCGAUGCUGCUUCUGCUCCGAUUGAGCACGGGCGCGUACCGCCGGCGCAGAGUCGUACACCUGGCUCCGGUCUUGGUCGUCUUCCGCGUCCCCCCCAGAAGAGCGGCCGCGGCUUCGACUUUGAAGGGUUUUACCACGACGAGUUGAAGCAGAAGCACGACCAAAACACGUACCGCUACUUUAACAACAUCAAUCGCUUAGCAAAAAAGGCUCCUAUGGGCCAUCUGGCCGACAGUGAAGCCCACGAAAUUACGGUCUGGUGCUCCAACGACUACCAGAACAUGUCGCGCCAUCCCCGUGUCCUUUCUGCGAUGAAAGAGACGAUUGAUAUGUACGGUGCUGGCGCUGGUGGCACGCGCAACAUUGCGGGCCACAACAAACAUGUGGAACACAUCGAAGAGGUCCUUGCUAGUCUUCAUCGCAAGGAAGGCGCGCUUGUAUUUGGCUCGUGCUAUGCUGCGAACGAUGCCGCGCUUACCGUUUUGGGCUCCAAGCUACCCAACUGUGUGAUCCUUAGCGACAGCAGCAACCAUGCGUCGAUGAUACAAGGCAUCAAGCACAGCGGCGCGAAGAAGAUGAUUUACCGCCACAAUGACAUGGAAGAUCUCGAGUCCAAACUGCGCAGUAUUCCUGUGGGCACGCCCAAGAUCAUUGCGUUUGAGUCUGUGUACAGCAUGUGCGGUACCGUUGGCCCGAUUGAGCGCACGAUCGAGCUUGCGAAGCAGUACGGCGCCAUCACUUUUCUCGACGAGGUCCACGCCGUCGGCAUGUACGGGCCGCACGGCGCCGGCGUCGCCGAGCACCUCGACUGGAUGCUGAACGCGACGAUGCCUCCCGGUAAGCUCAAGGGCACGAUCAUGGACAAUCUUGACAUUAUCACUGGCACGCUGGGUAAGGCGUACGGCAAUGUUGGCGGCUACAUUGCCGGCUCGAGCCGCCUUGUCGACCUGAUCCGCUCGUUUGCACCUCAGUUUAUCUUCAGCACCACACUUCCUCCAGCGGUGCUCUCCGGCGCUGCCACCGCGAUCGAAGUGCUCAUGGAGUCCAACCAUACGCGCCAGCUCCAGCAGAUUCGCACGCGCGAGCUCAAGCGCGCGCUUUUAACCGCCAACAUCCCGCUGCAGAGCAACCCCUCGCACAUUGUUCCCGUCCUGGUGGGCUCUGCGGAGAAGGCCAAGCUCGCCUCGGAUUUGUUGCUCAGCCAGCACGCCUGCUAUGUCCAACCUAUCAACUAUCCCACCGUCGCCCAUGGCCUCGAGCGUUUGCGCAUCACGCCGACGCCGGAGCACACAUCGCAGCAUGUCACUCUCCUCGUCAGUGCGCUGCAGCAAGUUUGGCAGCAGCUUGGCCUGCGCACCGUGAGCGACUUGCUUGCCGCUCCUCAGGACGGGUCCGACGCGCUCGCCGACCUUUUCCGCCACUCCCAGUUUGUGGAAGACACCUCGCCGCUUUGGACCGAUGCGAUGCUUGCGCUGCCCAACGAGCUUCUCACUGGCAGUAGCUCUGCAUCGUUCCACUGCAAGUGCGAGGCUGCUCCCCAGCCCUUCCCCUUCCCCGACCUGAACAUGGCCCAAGGCCCGCCCCGCAUAUCUUCAUAG